AUGACGGCCGAGCAGCAGAUUCCCAAGAUCAAGCUUGUGCGUAUUGCACAUGUGUACUACACCCAUGCCGAUCUCGACAAGGCACGCGAGUUUUUGGCCGACUUCGGCUUCACGGUAGCCGACGACAGAGGUGAUACAGUAUACUUCAAGGGCUAUGGGACCGAGCCCUUUGUAUACUGUGCCACCAAGGGCGCCGAAAAUGAGUUUGGUGGUGCUGGAUUUGUUGUCGAGUCCCUGGAGGAUUUGGAGCUCGCCUCCAAGACUCUUCCCAAGGCGACCCCAGUCCACGAUUCCGAUGCGCCCGGUGGCGGCAAGCGCGUAACCUUCAGAGAUCCUGUCGAUGACUUCCCCUUCCACCUGGUGUAUGGGCAAACCCCCGUCGAAAAGUCAGCGCACCUGCCCGAGCUGGAGUACAACUUCCCCGAGAACAAGCAUCGGCCCGUCAACAAGACACAACGGUUCAAGAAGGCACCAGCGGCCGUUCACAAGUUGGGCCAUGUUGGGUGUUGCGUGACCAACUUUGCCAAGGCGUUCGAGUUCUACACCACUCGGUUCAACCUCAAGCCGAGCGACAUCAUCCACGAGCCCAACGGGAAGGACGUCUCUACUUUCCUUCAUUUGGACAGAGGGAUGGAACAGGUCGAUCAUCACACUUGGUUCUUCUUUGAAGGGCCCAAAUACCACGUCCACCACUCGAGCUUCGAGGUACACGAUUUCGAUAUUCAGUCGUUGGGCCACCAAUGGCUUCGGGACAAGGGCUACGACUUGGUGUGGGGUGUUGGCAGACAUGUGCUUGGGUCACAGAUUUUCGAUUACUGGUACGAUCGAUCGGGCUUCAUUUUGGAACAUUACGUAGACGGCGACUUGGUGGAUGAGACAACGCCAAUUUCGAGAUCAGAGGCUGGGCCAGACAGUCUGCAUAUCUGGGGACCUCCUCUUCCGCCGACAUUCUUGCAGUGA